UCUGCUACCGAUGCUUUUGUCACUAUUACUAAACAGGAAGAAAUUGAGGAGCUACUUCAACUUCAUCGCAGUGAAAAACUUCGAGCAGAAAGCCUUCGCGCCGAGGAAAAAAAACGAUUUGAGAAUCUCUCCCGGCAGCAGCGCCUGGCCCGAACAAGAGAACAGGCACCUCGAGUUCAGGAACGCCUACCAGACACCAAUGGUGGCCCUGAAUUAUUAGAGCAAGGUUUAGCACAGGCCCUAGGUGAUCGAGUUUGGAUGGUCGUUUAG